GGUGCAACCCGAGUUGUGUACUAAUUAAUGCUUGCUCUAGCCUCUAUUUAUAAAAUAGUUUUGUGUUUUUAUACGAUGAGGCGUACAGUAGUUAUCCCUUGUUUCAUUAUCAACACUACGGGGCGGACAGGUAAUUCGACUGCGCCUUGAUUUGAACUGAAUUGAACUGCAGUUUUUUCUCAAGUGUUGAUUGGUUAAAAUGACCCAAUCAAAUGAGUGUGGGCUAAGCCAGAUCUAUCUAUUGGAAACUCCAUAGACAAAAUCUGAGCUCCUGUCGCUCUGUCCAAAACUUGUUUUAACGGAAUUCUAUGCAUCCAUGCUUUGAAUUUGUGACACGUUCCGUUUCUUCUGGGUCCCUGAUAUCCUGACAUCCCUAUCUACACGGAUCUCAAGGUUUUAUCUGCUUCAGUCUGUCUGCACCCCGCCAGCCAUAGACCAUGGUGGUCCUCACGGAAUCGUCUAUCUUGGCUCGUUCGCGGGUGCAGGAACUGUCCCAGUGCAUUAAACUCAACGUAUGGGGCUGCAACUUGACAGAUAUUUCCAUUGUGGAGAAUUGUCGGAAUCUGCAGAUAUUUUCUGCCAGCUGUAAUGAGAUUGUGACGCUGCGCGAACUGUCGGCGUGCGUCCAUCUGCAGGAGCUGUAUGUGCGCGAGAACCAGAUUGCGGACUUGGACGAGGUCGUUAACCUCAAGCGGCUGCCCAAGCUGCGCGUGCUGUGGUUGGCCGGCAAUCCGUGCUGCAGCGUCUUCGCCAACGAUGAGGACAAGUAUCGAUUGUGGGUCCUGGCGCAUCUGCCGUAUCUGGAGCGGCUGGAUAAUACAGAAGUGCGACCGGAUGAGCGUAAACGCGCCGCCAGCAUUGAUCCCAACCAUUUACUGUUGAUGUUCAGCGAUGCGGAUCCCCGAGCGCCCGUUACACCGGCUGCUGCCACACCGCAGAAGACCCCGGCCAAUCCGCGUCCGGCCUCAGGCAACAACGGCCACACACAGACCCGCUCACCGCCGCGAUCAUCGGGCAAGAACGGUUUGGACAUGGCCGGCCAUCUGACACCCGGUGGUCAGGGACAGGGUGAUGGGCGCAGUAGUGCGACGCAUACGGUGCCCUCGACGCCGUCGGAUAUGACCAUCAGUGCUCCGUCGUCCAGAUCCGGAGUUAACGAUGCCACGCCGCUGAGUAAACGCCCCUCGCGUUUGGAAUCUCCCGCGUCGACGCUCUCCAUGUCUCCAUCGGGCGUGAGUAAUUCCCGUAAAGCCCAGGUAAUGCAGACGCCGGUGGAAGCACCGAAGAGCAUUGUGGCCGCCUCACCACCCCAUCGGAUCGACAUACCGCGUAUCUAUUCCGCGGUGAAUACCACCGCCCCCACCAGCCCCUUUCCCCGGAGUAACGCCAACCAGAUGAUUAUGGAUGAUGGUGUGGAAUCGGACCAGAAUAGGUCCAUGUCGUCAACACAUUCGAAAUUACGGAAUGUGAAUAUUCUCAGUGCGACGUUGAAUCUCGUGAAGGAGUUGGAUGCGGACAGUCUGCAGAUCCUGCAGCUGGACAUCAACAACCGGCUAAACGAUCUGGACUCGCGAUCUUCGGCUGAUUAGCCCGGCGUGCAGUGUGUUUUGUGGUGUUUUCAGUUUUCUUAGCCUGUCGAUUCUUUUACCUCUUUUACAGUGUCAUGGUGUUUUUUUGCAACAUUGAUGGUUUAAGGCUUCCGGUGUGCUGCGGUGGCAUACGAGUGAUGUUUGCAAAGCGAAGAACGUACAAAUAUUCUUACUUUACUAAGUUUGCUUUAAAUUUUAUUAACUGAAAUCUCUAAAAUUGCAGUGUGAAUGCUACUGCUGUUUUUUGCACUUUUGUUUCUCUCUAAAGGCGCUCCUCGUUUUGCUUUCCUGAUUACUGAUCUGAAUUUGGCUGGUUUGUAACUUUUCUGUGGUUUUGUAAUUUUCCGUGGUCUUGCCGGUUUGAUGGUUUUCUUUGUUAUUGAUGCAGUAAAAUUUGUAACAAGAUGUUUGCGAUGAAAAACAUGA